GGAAGUUUCGGUGUAGCUACAACGCUAGGGAGAGAUUGUUGUUUGGCGCCUUUACGGGGCCGGUUGGUUUUUGUCAUCGUUUAACUUUAAAAUUGCGAACUAGAGUUCGCUUAUAACGUAAAUAUGGGUGAUAAAGAUGGAGAAACCUUUGAUGAUGCUGUGGAAGAGAGGGUUAUCAACGAGGAGUACAAAAUAUGGAAGAAGAAUACACCUUUCUUAUAUGACCUGGUCAUGACACACGCUUUAGAGUGGCCCUCGCUGACCGCUCAGUGGCUUCCAGAUGUCACAAGACCUGAAGGCAAGGAUUACUCCGUACACAGAUUGAUUCUGGGCACUCACACAUCAGAUGAACAAAACCACCUCCUCAUUGCAAGUGUACAACUUCCUAAUGAGGAUGCACAGUUUGAUGCAAGCCACUAUGAUAAUGAUAAGGGUGAAUUUGGUGGUUUUGGAUCAGUUUCUGGUAAGAUAGAUAUAGAAAUUAAAAUUAAUCAUGAGGGUGAAGUGAAUAGGGCUCGCUACAUGCCCCAAAAUCCUUGCGUCAUUGCCACAAAGACACCAUCUUCUGAUGUCCUCGUAUUUGACUACACCAAACAUCCAUCAAAACCCGAACCUUCCGGAGAAUGUCAUCCCGACCUUAGAUUGCGAGGACACCAAAAGGAAGGUUAUGGUUUGUCAUGGAACCCUAAUCUUAAUGGAUACCUUUUAUCAGCCAGUGACGAUCAUACAAUCUGCUUAUGGGAUAUAAACGCCACUCCUAAGGAAGGGCGUGUGAUUGAAGCCAAGUCUGUCUUCACGGGACACACAGCGGUGGUGGAGGAUGUGGCGUGGCAUCUGCUUCAUGAAUCCUUGUUUGGAUCUGUGGCCGACGAUCAGAAGCUCAUGAUAUGGGAUACGAGGUCAGUAUGUAACAACACGUCCAAGCCAUCCCACACCGUGGAUGCUCACACCGCUGAAGUGAACUGCCUUAGCUUCAACCCAUAUUCGGAAUUUAUUCUCGCCACUGGCAGUGCUGACAAAACUGUGGCGUUGUGGGACUUGCGUAACCUUAAACUGAAGUUGCACUCGUUUGAGUCGCACAAGGACGAGAUCUUCCAAGUACAGUGGUCGCCACACAACGAGACCAUUCUGGCUAGCAGUGGCACAGACAGGAGGCUGCAUGUUUGGGAUCUAUCGAAGAUUGGUGAGGAACAGACGGCUGAGGACGCGGAGGACGGGCCCCCGGAACUGUUGUUCAUCCACGGAGGUCACACCGCCAAGAUAUCCGACUUCUCAUGGAACCCCAACGAGCCGUGGGUCAUCUGCUCCGUCUCCGAGGACAACAUCAUGCAGGUGUGGCAAAUGGCUGAGAACAUCUACAACGAUGAGGAACCGGAAACGCCGGCUUCGGAGCUGGAAUCGGGAGUCAACGUGAACCACGGUUAGCGCUCCCACAGCGGCAAGGGAGCGCCAGGCCUUCGCCCCACGCACCUCUAUGUUGAUAGUAAUGCAUUAUGUUAAUUGCGGCAUCGAAUCGGUUCUGAAACAGAUAAUUAGUUUGUAAAUUGUUCGGCUGAACUUUGAAAUUCUGUGUUUAUAUUUAGGAUCUAGUGUUAAGGAAUAAAAAAGUUUGAUGGAACAAUCUUAAUGAUUAAAAUUCGUUUAUAAAAUUUAUCGGUGUAAAUAAUAAUUUUUAAAUGAUAAAAUUUGCUUAGUGGCCACGUUCUGUGUUGCUGUAAUAAAAUUCACCAUACAACUAUAUUAUUUAGUAUACCAAAUAACCUGCCAGCCUUUCGUGAAUCAAAAUUUUUCUAAAUUCGCUCAAAAUAUAUGGGACCACUCUCAAAAAAUAAAUACUGAUACAUCUCAGAUAAUAUAUAUUUUUUUCGACUUAACUUCAAUUUCAAAGCGAUUUAAAACAUACAUUACUAGUAAUAUAAGGUGAUGUACGUGGCUUUUACUUCACUUCACACUAACAUUGCUACGAACUUGGGCUAUACCGACGAUCGUGUGAGGUUAAUAUUAUCUUUUUAUACGUAACAUAAUUUAUUCUGAUUAUUUUUAUCGAACCAACACCUAAUAGUUUCAAACUAAACAAUGUUUACUCAAGUGAAGUACAAGAUGGCGCAUAAAUGCACAAGAACCUAUAAUAGGUUCUAUUUAACAGGACUUUUAUUAGCGUAUGUUUAAAUCAAAUAAUUUAAAUACAAGCAUAUUUCGUUUCGCGGUCCCUCGGGAAUUUAUCAAAUUAUUAUAAAUAGAUGUAAAUUUGCUUUUAUAUUUUUGUCCAAAAACAAAUCCUCAAACAGAGCUCAUAAUGAAGCUACGAACAUAUAUCGUACCGCCUCCGUAUUAAACACUUGGUUCUAAUAAAUAAUCUUUUGUAUGUGAAAGCAUUUAAUUAAUUCUUAACGAAUGUCUGUUUCCUACCAACGAGCUGUCGGAACACAGCCUGCGACUCGCAAGAUACUAUAUGUAAUAGCAUAGUAAAAUUUCUUUUUAACUAUAAUUCUAAUUAAGUUAUUGUCAGAAGAUAUUCCAUUCUAAUUUAUUGUUAAGUCACAAGAAACGAGGACGGCCCUCGCUCACUUUAUUUUAUUUUAACGCAAUGGAAGUUAAUUAUAACCGCUAAUUAUUAUUAUGAAUAAAAAUCUCAAUUCCA